GCCUUGUUGGUCGGGGGGGCGCCCCCCGCUUCCCGCCUCGGAGGUCCGUGGCCGGCAGGACCAUGCUGCUGAAGGAGUACCGGAUCUGCAUGCCGCUCACAGUGGACGAGUUUUCGGCGGACACAACAUCUUUGUAUGUGGUGCUGAGGAUCGAACCCGGGCAGCACGCAUGCCAGGCGAGCACGCUACCGCUUGAGCCACAUCUCCAGCCCCCUAAAUUGCAAUUAUUUUCAGAAGUGAGAAGUGGCAGGAACUCCUGAACUCAGCACUGUGACAGACAGCCUAAGGACACCCAUCCUUCACACUGCCACAUCCCCAGUCCCCAUAUUAUAUAUUAUUAUUAAUUAAUUAUACAUACAAAUUUUUUGGUGGUGAUGAGGAUGGAACUCAGGGCCUGGUGCAUGCUAGGCAAGUACUCUUCCACGGAGCUACCCCCACCUGUAAAGGACAGUCUUGAAAAGUGCUAAGGAAAGAGUUUGUGUCAUGAUGGCAGCACCAGUGUGAAGCCCUGUUAACACCUGGCUGAAAGAGACUUGGUAUCUGACAUAAAUCUUCCUGCUUUGUCAGUAGCCUGGGAGAUUCCACCUGCCAAUGGUGACAUGCUCCCAACUUGGGACCUGGGUGUCCACGAGCUAGUAAAACCAACCUUUUGUUAUAGGAUCUUUACAGAAGUCAGUCUAUCACCCAGGAAGGCAGGGCCCCUCCUUGAGCUGUCCUUCCUGCCAUCUGUGUGAGGCAGAACAGGGAAAUGAGCCUCAUCUCUGGUGUUUGAGGCACCGGCUGGGCUGGUGUCUGAGUCCUCUCUGCCUACUCAUCCUCAAGGGAGUGCUGAGGACUUCAAACUGGAAAUUCUUUUCCCAGGAUCUACCAAAUGCUCCAAAAUGUCAUGGAAGCUUACCUCCCAGUGUCUUGGGUCUGGUUCCCUGGAAGUCAAGGGAUUCUCCUGGAGUACAAAAUUGGACAGCUGUACAUGAUCAGCAAGCACAGCCACGAACAGAGUGACCGAGGAGAAGGGGUGGAGGUCGUCCAGAAUGAGCCCUUCGAGGACCCUCACCAUGGCAAUGGGCAGUUCACGGAGAAACGGGUGUAUCUCAACAGCAAACUGCCAAGUUGGGCUAGAGCUGUUGUCCCAAAAAUAUUUUAUGUGACAGAGAAGGCUUGGAACUAUUAUCCUUACACAAUUACAGAAUACACAUGUUCCUUUCUGCCAAAAUUCUCCAUUCAUAUAGAAACCAAGUAUGAGGACAACAAAGGAAGCAACGACAGCAUUUUUGACAAUGAAGCCAAAGACCUAGAGAGAGAAGUUUGCUUUAUUGAUAUUGCCUGUGAUGAAAUUCCAGAACGCUACUACAAAGAAUCCGAGGAUCCUAAACACUUCAAGUCAGAAAAGACAGGACGGGGACAGUUAAGGGAAGGCUGGAGAGAUAGUCAUCAGCCCAUCAUGUGCUCCUACAAGCUGGUGACCGUGAAGUUCGAGGUCUGGGGGCUUCAGACCAGAGUAGAACAAUUUGUGCACAAGGUGGUUCGAGACAUCCUGCUGAUUGGACAUAGACAGGCUUUUGCAUGGGUUGAUGAGUGGUAUGACAUGACAAUGGAUGAAGUCCGAGAAUUUGAACGAGCCACUCAGGAAGCCACCAACAAGAAAAUUGGCGUUUUCCCACCUGCCAUUUCUAUCUCGAGCAUUCCCCUGCUGCCUUCUUCCGUGCGCAGCGCCCCGUCCAGCGCCCCGUCCACCCCUCUCUCCACAGAUGCACCAGAAUUUCUGUCAGUUCCCAAAGAUCGACCCCGGAAAAAGUCAGCUCCAGAAACUCUCACGCUUCCAGACCCUGAGAAAAAAGCCACUCUGAAUUUGCCCGGCAUGCACUCCUCAGAUAAGCCACGUCGGCCCAAGUCAGAGUGACCUCACCCGGAGAUCUCAUGGGUUUUAUAUUUUCAUUUUGUUGUUGUUGUUGUUGUUUUUUAAGAAUCUUCUGAUAUAGGAAAAGACUGCUUUGUCACUCAAACAUGUUCCUUUGAUCUCUGAGUGUGCAUGGGGUAAAGUAAUUUCACAAAUAAUAUGAAUCCUAAGUAUGCCACACAGCGUCAUAGUAUAUUUAAGAUGUAAGACUUGCAAAAAACCAGAAGGGAUCUUCUGUAGACACAGCUAUAAGUCAGGGAGGAAGCCUUGGUAUUGGGCAUUUGGUGAGGCUGGCAUGGACUUCAAGGGUAAAUAUAUGAAAACUUCAUACCACUUUGUUGCCAAGUGUGGUAAAAUAGUAAAGUCGAUUUCCUCCCAUCAGACCUGAAAUUCUCAAAAAAUACUCUCAGGCAUCACAAACCUAAUUGUUAAAUUUUGAACUGCUGACCACCAAUACUUGAAUACCAGUAGUUACUGAGAUUUUGAUUAAUCUGACUCAGGAUUUGGGGCCGAGUUAACUCCUUAAAUUUUUGAAAAUUUUAAUUACGAACGUAUAGAGGCUCCAAGUGCAAUUGAUGAUAACUUAUUUAUACCUUUCACAGAAUUUAAUAAUAAAGAUUCCACUUGUUUCUGCCUUUUAAUAACUUUCCCCUUGUGCCCUUGUGGCCUCCGAAAUCUUUCAGAAUUGCAUGAACAAAUGUGACUAUAACCAAUUUAUUUUGGAAUGGUUUAGUUUAGGAACCAAGAGACCCAGGUGAAACAAGCAUCUUUUUUUCUGUACAGGUACCAACAAACCUUGACUUGCCAGCUACCAUCAUCCAUUAAGAUUCUCAGAAUUUGCAAUUAACUGAAUAGAAUUCAUUGACUAUUUGCCCAUUUGAAGAUAUCCAAGGGUAGAAUAAGCUAACUGGGCUUUAACACUGUUAGAGGUCUGGUAUGCAGACCAUGAAAAAGGGAAUUGUCUCCCACUCCUCUCCUAGUUUUCCUUAGUCAUCCAGACAUCCCUGGAAUGGAUCGCCCACCACCAGACCUUAGAAAAGACUGUCAUUCUCUUGCUCCUUCCUUAAAAUCCAAAUUUUGGAGCCUGAGGGUGUAGCUCAGUCAUAGAGCACUUGCCUAGCUUGUGGGAGUCCCUGGGUUUGAUCCCCAGCACUAUAGAAAGAAAGAAAGAAAGAUCCAGAUAUUAGGAAUGUUGCAGAAAUAAGUAAAUACUGCCAAGGUAGAGGAGAGCAUGAGCAGAACUGGUGGCUCCUAUUUGUAAAAAGAAGGAAUGAUAGCUGGGCGCAGUAGCAUAUGCCUGUAAUCCCAGCAGCUUGGGAGGCUGAGGCAGGAGGAUUUCAAGUUCAAAGCCAGCCUCAGCAAAAGUGAGGUGCUAAGCAACUCAGUGAGACCCUGUCUCUAAAUAAAAUACAAAAUAGGACUUGGGAUGUGGCUCAGUGGUUGAGUGCCCCUGAGUUCAAUCCCUAGUACCCACUCCCCAAAAAAGAAUAAGGAAUGAUAAUAAAUGUCCAUGAGUCUUGCUUUCAUUUCUGCAAGUGGUGUGAAUGCAAGAUUCGAACAAGAUUGACAGGAGGCAAGAUCAUUCAUCAAAGUGGCAGAAAGAAUUCUCUUUUUGUCCAAAGAGAAAUCUGUCACUGUUGCACCUCACUGCCUUUAAACACAGAAGGGAGGGCAAGCAGAAUCUCAGCAUUGAUAUUUGUCCUUCAUGAGAGGAAGAAAACAAGGUAACUGGGCAACUCCAGAGCCCACGCCCUAGCUAGCCUUUCUGACCGUCACCUCCAACCUCAGGAAAGGGGCCUUCCCAAAACAGAGAUUCCAAAGGAAACAGUGUAGACCAAGGAGCAGAUUCUCCUUCCCUCAGCCUCAGUGGUGGCCAGUGCCUGCUUCCCCCACCCCCGCCCCCAGUGCUCAGCACUCCAUGUUGUCUUUUGCAGAUUGACACCCGCCCCCAAGGUGCAGGCGCUGGACCCAUGAGCCCAGCACCAUCUUUCUUUAUCUAUAGUCUGACAUUUAGCUUAAAGGAAAAUAGACCCAGUACUCAAAGGAAACCAGUCACAAAUAGCUUAGAUAACAGUGCAUCUUUUCCUUAAGAAUGAUAGUAUCAUAGUAAGAAAACCUCUUUGCAUGGUAUGGAAGCAUGAAUUUUGCUUGUGGGAAAACUUCAUCUUUUAUCAAACCCCUUGGACUUUUCAAUGGCUCCCUCUCCAUGAAGUAGUACUUAAUAAGAAUGUUUGGCUUUAGAAAGCAAAAUUCUACUUUCAGAAGACAAGGAGAUAGCAUAUGUAUUUGCUUACUGUCUGCGAGCUGAAAUCAAGGUAGGGGUGGGAUCAUUAUUUUCACAUAGAACAAAUUUAUUCUGUGCAGGUUGUUAACACAUCUGGCACCUAGUUUUUCCAUUAAUACCAUUGCUAUUUUCCCUUUUUAUAAAGUAGCUUCUGCUGUCAAAGUCAAUAAUUCAAUAUGCUUUAGAAAGCUAAUUUCUGAUUUCCUUUUGUGACCUUUCUUUCUUUUAUAGCCAGUAUAAUACCACAGACAUCAAUUUCGAAGCUGCCCAUGAUGGUGUGAUUCUUAAGUAACAAAGUGGGUGUGCUCUUAACAUACGUUCAGUUUUUCUGUCUACAUAUGAUUUGUGUGCAGUACAAAAUGGGGGGUGCAGAUAUUCCUUUAGCUGCUUUGAAUAUUUAAUCCAGUCAUCACAUGGCAUAAAUGACUCAAUAUUUUACACAUCUUGGUUUCCAAGUGUCAUUUCACCUUCUCCAUAUGCGGAUUUGUUAUUGUGGGAUACAAGCCUGCGAUGAAUGUGUACAUAGAACAUUAAUAAUUCUUAUGAGGAUGGAAAUUAAAUGGCUGCAUGAUGGAAAUUUAGAAGAAGAAGAAGAAAAAAGCAGAAACUUGAAUUUGCUAAGCAUGUUUGAGGAAAAAUAGAAUCCUUAACUCAGUGCCUCUGUCUGCAAUGUGGAAACCUUCAACUUUACUCACCAAAAUUGUAUUAUACCUGUAUAUAUAUAAAUAUAGGGUAGUGAGUUCCAUACCACCAAUUUUAAGUCUCUGGUAGCCAAAUGAAAACAAAUAAUCCAUAGGAUAACACAUAUAUUCACCCCUCUUCAUCUCUGAUGUUAGUGGAGACUAUGAAAAUGGCCGUAAGGUCCAUUACUUUGAAUGGGUUUCGAGUGUGAAAUCUCUGUAGUUUUUGUUGACUAUAGCAUAGCAUUCUUGCCUUGGCUGUGCUUUCCUGGGAGAGAGAGAGAGGUCUUCUUAUUUUUAGUGCAUAAACUCUGUCUGAAGUCACCUCUGAAGAUCAUUUCAUUUUAAGCUGUAGAAAGACAAAGCAAAGAAAAUGGGUAAGAAUGAAGGAGGCUGUGACACUUUUAUUUGCCACCAUUAUCCCUGAAACCAUAGGAGUUCAUUGGUGAACUCGUUUAUAAAUGCUUCUGUUACGGUUUUGCAUCUAUGUGUAGGGGGAAUGGUUUUGAUUUGUUUGGAGGUAUAUAUUAGCCAUGUUUUGGGUUGUGAAAGUAAGUACCAGCCAGUCAUGGAUGUAUAAUGAAGACACUUAAACAACCCAACAAUACUUCUAAAAGUAAAUUGUGUGAUUUUAUUUCAAAGUAAAAUAAUGAACUAAGAAAACAGAUGCUGACAAAUCUUGAUAAAUCAUUUUCAGUAAAAGUUUCAGGAUGAUUGUUAUUUAUGAAUAUUUUUAAAUUCUACUUUCUUCCUGGGCUGGGGAUGCUGCUCAAUGGUAGAGUACUUGCCUAGAGUGUGCAAGGCCCUAGGUUCAAUCCCCAGCACUACAUAAAAAUAACAAAUAAAUAUGGGGCUGGGGCUCAGUGAUAUAGCGCUUGCCUAGCACGCAUGAGGCACUGGGUUCAAUCCUCAGCACCACAUAAAAGUAAAUAAAUAAAAAUAAAGACAUAUGUCCACCUACUUUUAAAUAAAUAAAUAAAUUCUUUCUUUAGUUUUUCCCCCUGGCUUAGAAACAACAAAAUAAUAGGUCACUGAGUGGCUUAGGUCAAUAGGAAUUUUAUGUUUGAGAAGAGCCAAAGUGUAACUGACUCUGUAUCAAAUGUAUAAUCUGAUAAUUCAAAUAGAGAGGAAUUGUCUAAAUGGUUUUAGUACUUUUCUGAUCAUCUGACAGUCUAGGUGACAAUCUGCCAUCUGAGACAUAGUUCUUAAAAAAGAUUGCUGUCCAAUGACUGCAACCUGAUCAUCAGUAAACUUUUAAACUGUUCAUUCUUGCUAAAACUCACGUAGCACACAGUAGCACACAGAAUUGGCAUGCCAAGGCAAAACAUACUGGCUUCUACCUUCAAAACAAUCUGUUUGUAUCUGAAAUGUGUUUAAGCUUUGUAGGAGUUAGUGCAGUAACAGAAUGUGGUAUGUUGAGUUUCUCAGAUGCCAUUAUUAAUUGUAAUGUUGUUGUGAAGUUAACAAAUGCUUUAGGAUAAGCCUCUCGAUGUGUCUGCCUGUUUCAGUUGAAAUUAGGUCUGUUGGAUUGGCCAUCUCGCUUCAGUUCUUUGUAUCUCUAGGAAGAAGUUCUCUGAGUUUAUGUUAUCCUGUGCCACUUGUGUAGCUUCAAGUGUAAUUUUUAGUGCUUACAUUCUGAGCUGGGAUCCUGAUUGGUUACAUUAGUCAAAAUACCACUGCCACUGCCGAAGGACCAAGUGUUACAGGUGACAAGCAAAGCAAUCGGAAGUUGACACUCACAUGUGCCAUCCUGUGUCGUCUUAUGGCUGUACGGUGUCAUCCCCCUCCCCAGUUAUUUAUUAUUGUUUAUAACUUACUUUUUCUUACAUUCUGUUGUAAAUAAAGUAAAAAGCAAUCUUCUUUCCAA